AUGGAAGGAGAUUGGAAAAAUUAUUGGCGUGAACAUCCCCAAAUUCCAUCUCCUGGCGAAUCAAAUGCAUCCGGCCAAGGAUUCUCGCCGUCCAUGCAAGAAUCAAAUGCCUUUCAAUCGGCCACCAAUUUGAACGCCCGAUUUGCUGCGGAGGCCGACCCCGAGCCCGACGUGGGGGAGAUUGCUUCUAUGCCGGCGACCACCAAACAACGUGGUAACUAUCGUCCGCCGGAAACGAUACUCAUAUGUCGUUUGUAUCUCGAGCACACCCACGACUCUAUGGUGGGGACCGAUCAAAAAGGAAAGGAGUAUUGGGGCGCCAUCUGCACAGCCUACAAUGCUCAAAGGCCCCAAGGAGCUAUUACACGCGAUAUCAAGCAAAUCAAGUCACACUUUCAAUGCGUGGCGAAGGGCUGCAAGAGGUGGGAGGCCUUGUACAAAAAGUGCCGCGAUAAUUGGGCAUCCGACAUGGGUGAUGAUCAAAUCAUCGAGCAAACAGAAAAAAUGUGGAUCGCCGAGUUUCAAGCUAAUUUUAGGUAUCCGUAUGCAUGGAAGGUAUUGCGCGAGUCCAAGAAAUUCGGAAGCAUCGGCCAGGAUGUCCACUCAGAUAAACGCUCGAAGGGCUCUGACGGUCAGGGCACAAUGACUUCUAGCGAUCAAAGUAUCUCCACACGGCCCCAAGGGCAAAAGGCGGCCAAGAGAGACAAAGGAAAAGGCAAGAAGAAGGCGGAGGAAAAUACCCAAGCUCUCCGAUACAUGGCGGAGAUGGUGAAGGUAAUGAGAGUAUUCUCCCAAACUCAACGUGACCUCGCCGAUAGCAUGUUGAUGAGUAGGGACACGUCUCAAAUGAAUUCUGACGAGUUGGUGUUUCACUUGGCCAAGGUGGCGGAAAUCAAGCAACGCAAUAAUCUCCCAUAG